AUGCCACCGAAGGCUGUGCUGACCAGCCUCCGCACGGAGCGUGGCCUUGAGGAGCUCAAUACUUUGCUAGCGAGUCAGUCCUAUGUGGGUGGCACGUUCCACGCUACAGCUGAGGAUAUGACCUGCUUUGCAGCAGUACAUGCCCGACCCGAUAGACAGCAGUAUCCGCACUUGCACAGAUGGUACAAUCACAUCUCCAGUUUGAAGAAAACCUAUGCGCCAUACCAUGUAUGGGCCGGACAGACAAAGCAGGUGAGCAAUGAUGGAGGGCAGGAGGUCAAAAAGGGCCCGCGUGCGGCGGGAAAGGAGAAAAAGACACUACCGUUUGACUGCAAGGCGGAACCUGUCUCAAACAGACGGGAAGUCCAGGGCGACGAAGUGAAGCGGGGAGCAGGCGCAACGUGCUUCCCAAGUGCCAGUGGAGCCAAGCGGUACUACAUUACGACUGCGAUUGCUUAUUGCAAUGGGUGGCCUCACAUAGGCCAUGGCUACGAGUUUCUGACCUCUGACGUUUUUGCGAGGUAUCAUCGCAUGCUUGGAGAGGAUGUUUUUUUCAUGACGGGUGCUGACGAGCACGGGCAAAAAAUCGCACAAGUGGCUGAGAACGAGGGUCUGCAGCCGAUCCAAAUGUGCGACCGCUACUGCAUGGGCUUUCGUGCAUUGAACCAACGCUUGAAUGUGUCCAACGACUUCUAUGUUCGUACAACAGAAGAGCGGCACAAGGUGGUCGCAAGAGCUGUUUGGAAAAAGUGCAAGGACAAAGGCGAUAUUUAUUUGGACAACUAUGAGGGCUGGUACCUCAUUCGAGAGGAACGUUUCAUAACUGAGCAGGAAGCGCAAGAGUGGAAUUACAAGGAUCCCAUGUCUGGCGUCGACCUGAAGAAGAUGUCUGAACCCAGCUUCUUCUUUUGCUUGAGUAAGUACCAGCAGAAGGUGAUUGACCACAUUGAGGCCAAUCCAGAGUUUCUUGAGCCAGCCCAGUACAGAGGCGAGAUUCUGGAGCGACUGAAGUCCAUCGAGUUGCGGGAUCUAUCCAUCAGUCGUGGCACCUUUGAUUGGGGAGUUACAUGCCCAGAGGACAAAGUCGACGGCAAACAACAUGUGAUGUAUGUUUGGUUCGACGCCCUCAUCAACUACUUGAGCGGUGUUGACGGCAUCUACCCUGAGAAACCUCUCAGUCGGUUCUGGCCUGCCAACAUGCAUGUAGUGGGCAAGGACAUUCAUUGGUUUCACUCCGUGAUUUGGCCGGCUAUGCUGAUGAGUGCAGACAUCCCUCUGCCAAAGAGUGUUGUCGUGCACGGGUUCAUCGCUGGAGCAGAUGGACGAAAAAUGUCCAAGAGCUUGGGCAAUGUGGUCGACCCACACGACAUGCUAGAUAAGGCCCCAUGCGAUACUUUGCGGUGGUACAUGUGUCGUGAGGCGCCUUAUGGUGAUGAUAUCAGAUUCAACGAGGACUCUCUUCGCUUGAUGCACAACGCGGAGCUUUGUGACAACCUGGGAAAUUUGGUGAAUCGCGCUGUCUCCCUUUGUGGCGGCAAAGUACCGAGGUGUGCCAAGGAAGAUUUGGUUCCUCUUCCAUUUGACCUGAAAGAGCUGAAGUCCGGUGUGAACGAUGCAUUUGAGAAGUAUCGCCUGUCAGAUGCAGCUGACCUCACUGUGCGAGCUGCUGGAGCCACAAACAAGUGGAUUGCCAACCUGGAGCCGUGGAAGAUGAAGGAAGAAGAGAAGCAAGAGCUUCGUGCUGCUUCCCUACGGAAACUCCUGGAGGCUGUCUAUGUUUUGGCGCAUUUUUUUGCGCCGUUCAUCCCUAUAGCAGCAGAGGCGAUCUUUGCCAAAGUGGGUGAAGCGCCGAGGCCAAUCCCAGAAUUGAGGGAUGACUUCCAGAACUUGACAGAGGGAAAGGAGGUUCGAGCCUCAUCUUUGCUAUUCAGCCAGUUGGAGGUGCAGAAGGUGGCGAGCUGA